CUCAGGGCAUAAUUUCUCAGCGCCCCUCGCAGUACCAUUUGGCCUUUGCCCAGCGUGCAGGGGAGUUAGCCGUCGCCACGGCCAAGGGCACAUGAGAACUACAUUGCCCGGAAACCUGUGCGCCGCGGGGCGGUGGCACUCUUAGGGGCGUUUCCCUGCGGACGGAAGCUCUCUGGGCGGCACUUCCGGCAUCUUCCUCGCGGUGGACAUCUUGUUGGCUCUUAGGUGGAACCAUCAGAGCAAAAGCUCGGGGUUGCUAGGCGGUUCCGAGGUGAGGGAAGCGGGAGGGUGCGGGAGGAGUCGCUGUUCGCUCUGCAGAGCGGCUCGCCAGCGAAGACCCCGCCUCCGCCCCCGGGGACGGACGAUAGCAGUGCCAGGGUCCCGCGACCUGGGACCCCCUCGAGGCUCCGUGCGGUCUACGAACUGUGAUGGCGGCGGCCGCGGUGAUGGGCCUGGCGCAGAUCCUCUGUGGUUGCUGAAUUGUAACAAGAGAGAGAACUCUGGCUGCCUGAGAGGGCAUGACUCUAGUCACAGCAGGAGGGGCUUGGACAGGCCCUGGUUGUUGGCAUGGAGUGAAGGAUGAAGAGUCAUAUUCUGAACAGAGCAUUUCUAUAGCAGUGUCACAUGUUAAUACUUCCAAGGCAGGUUCACCCGCACAGACGGCUCUCCCUUGUGACAUAUGUGGCCCCAUCUUGAAAGAUAUUUUGCACCUGGAUGAACACCAGGGUACACACCAUGGACUGAAACUUCACACAUGUGGGGCAUGUGGGAGACAAUUCUGGUUCAGUGCAAACCUUCGUCAGUACCAGAAGUGUUACAGUAUAGAGCAACCCUUAAGAAGGGAUAAAAGUGAGGCCUCAAUUGUGAAGAACUGCACAGUUAGCAAAGAACCUCACCCGUCAGAGAAGCCCUUUACAUGUAAGGAGGAGCAGAAAAACUUCCAGGCUACUUUGGAUGGCUGCCAACAAAAGGCCAUCUGCAGUAAGAGGAAGACACACAGGAGCACUGAGAGUGGGGGUGCAUUUCAUGUUGAACAAAUGCAUUACAAGUGCAGUGAAUGUGGGAAAGCUUUCAGCCGCAAAGACACACUUGUCCAGCACCAGAGAAUUCAUAGUGGAGAGAAGCCUUAUGAGUGCAGCGAAUGUGGGAAAGCCUUCAGCCGCAAAGCUACACUUGUCCAGCAUCAGAGAAUCCAUACUGGAGAAAGGCCGUAUGAAUGCAGCGAAUGUGGAAAAACCUUCAGUCGAAAAGACAACCUUACUCAGCACAAGAGAAUCCACACUGGAGAAAUGCCUUAUAAGUGCAAUGAAUGUGGGAAAUAUUUUAGCCAUCACUCCAAUCUAAUUGUACACCAGAGAGUUCACAAUGGAGCAAGGCCUUAUAAGUGCAGUGAUUGUGGGAAAGUCUUCAGACACAAAUCUACACUUGUUCAGCAUGAGAGUAUUCACACUGGAGAAAAUCCUUAUGAUUGCAGUGAUUGUGGGAAAUCCUUUGGCCACAAAUACACCCUCAUUAAACAUCAGCGAAUUCACACUGAGUCAAAGCCGUUUGAGUGCAUUGAAUGCGGGAAAUUCUUUAGUCGAAGUUCUGACUUUAUUGCACACCAGAGGGUUCACACUGGUGAAAGGCCUUUUGUGUGCAGUAAAUGUGGGAAAGACUUUAUCAGAACCUCCCACCUUGUUCGACACCAAAGAGUUCACACUGGAGAAAGGCCAUAUGAGUGCAGUGAAUGUGGAAAGGCCUACAGCUUAAGCUCCCACCUCAAUCGGCACCAGAAAGUUCACACUGCAGGCAGGCUUUAGGAGUGCUUUGAAUACAACAGGACUCAUCAAUCAGAUGUUGAAUUUCAUUUAUCUGAACAUUGACACAAAGGAGAUACCUUAUGGUGCCAGGUACGUAGGAACCUUCUAGGGAUAUGUUGCACUUUCUGACUUGCUCAGGUUUUUUGCCAGAGUUAUGUCACUGUCAAUCCCUGUGGCCAAAACCAUCUUAACUCUACCAGCUAAGAUACCCCAGCAUUGGGGAAGGCAGGGUUUUAUAUUCUCUAGUCCCUGGAGAAAAUCAUGAAAUGUCUGAGUUCAUUGGGGGUCCUCAUUCCCUUCUGUAUGACCGGUAUAGAUAUGACCCAUUUUUAGCCAAGAGGGUCUGAGCUGUAUCUGCUUGUGGCUUAUACAAAAGGUUUACUUUCUUCCUGGAUAUUGGUCUCACAUACUUGUAAUCGAGUUUUUCCAGCCUCCAAGUCACCUGGCCUGGGAAAGUACUUGCCUCAUGUUGCUCUGGUUUGUGAUAAUAAAGGCUUUACAGUUUAAGCCACCUUUAAUCUUGGGGGUUCUUCUUACUGUCUGAAGUGGAUUGAAAACAGGCUCUGCCAAACUGAAGACAGCCUUUGUGCGGUGCCUUCAACUUUGCCUCAAAUGGGACAGUGGGUUGAGGGAGAACAGUUCUUAGUCCAGUUUUGAUGUUAACUUCCAUAGCUGACAAAGCUUGUUAAGUAAGAAUUCAGAUCUUGUGUAAACCUGAUUUGUCUGGAUUUUAGAGUUAUUUGAGAGCCCAUAUUUCAUCUUGAGGAGGGUGCUGCUGCUGUGACAGCCUGCAGUGUUUUGAAACAGCAUGGAUUGGGUGUCUUGUUUGCAGCAUGUGUCCCAUGUUCCCCAACACUGUUGAGGGAAAGCUGUUCCUCAGGACCUGCUGAGUGGCCACAUUCCCUGAAGGCCUGAAUCUGUUUCACAGGCCACUGUUGGUAAGAUCUAAAGCAUCCAGUAGGGAAACAAAAUGGAUAAAUAUUGGGUGUGAGUGAUUGGGAUUGGGGAGAUUGUGGCAAACUAGAGGGGAAGUGCCCAUUGUAAAAACACAUCCACAGACAGUCCAGACAUAAGGCUGAAUGGGAUCAGGGUAUCCAGAAAUCUCAGGAUCUCCAGGGCCAUGUUACUGUUAGGUCAAGGUCACUGGUGCAGCAACGAAUGUAGUUUUCCUAGAUUCCUCUACCUCCCUGGGCUCUUUACCUAAUGUCUUUGCUGCACAGGCAGUAACCCUGGGAGUAAAGAGGUGUGGUGGUCCAAGGAAGUAGCUUUUGUGACCAGCUGGAGUUUCUGGUGACUCUGUUGGCAAUGGUCCUCGUUGUUUGCCAGUUUUUCUUACUACUGAGGAAGAGAUUGUCUUCCCAAGAUAUUUCGAGUGAUGAGUCACCGUAGUGAGGUAGAGUCACUCUUAGUGAUGUCCAGUUGUCCAGUUUCCAAUAGAAGUGGGAGACCCAGAUUUUUAAAUGGGAUAACUUUUUAUAGGUUCACUGAGGUGUAAUCAACAUGCAAUAUAUUGCACAUAUUUAAAGUGUACGAGUAAGUCUUGAUACAUACACACACACACACACACUUGAAACUAUCACCCUAUCAGUGGUAUUGGACAUAUCUGUCACCCCCAAAGUUAACCUCAGGCCCUUAACCUUUCUCUCAGUGCUCGCCUUCCGCCAAAAUCCCUAGACAACAAUUGAGUAGUUUUCACUGUAGGUAAAUUUGUCUUUUCUAGAAUUUUAUGUAAGUCUGUCUAUAAAGUGUUAAUUUUAUCUGCUGUCUUUCAUGCAACAUAAUUUGAAAUUUGUCCAUGGUAUGUAUGAACAGCCCAUUUUAAAAUUACUGAGUCAUAUUCUGUAUGGAUAUACCACAGUUUAUCCAUUUAUCUUAAUUGAUGUCUGUACUCCACCCCCAUUUUUAAAUAUUAAAAAGCUGCUGCAAAUAUUGAUGCAUGAGUCUUUAUAUGGACACUUAGCUGAGAACAUUUUUAAGCAGAGGUUUUGAAGGUGUGGCCAUGUAUCUUACUAAUUAUAGUAAAAUAUAUUGGAAAAGAGAUACAUACAGAGAAGAACUGCGAAACAGAAAAGACCUAAGAUUUGAUGAUUUGGGAAAUUCUCAGCCCAUCUUAAUUGGGGAAAAAAAAAAAAAACCAUUGAAAUUAAGAGAUUCAUUGUCAGGAAAGCAUGUUUUAGAGAGAUAGCCAAGGAUGUUUGCUGUUACCGGGAUCAAAACAUACGUUAGAACACUGUCACACAAAAAGCUCUUUGAAGAGAUUAAAUGUGACUUGUAGAUCCCCUCAAUACAAACAAUUUGUAAGAAGUUUAAACUAUUUAUCACUCAUCUCAGUAAAAGCCAAAAAUAUAGAUAGGGGAUUCCCUAGGAGGAAUAAUCUGCAUAAGCCUCUUUUCUAAUGUGAAUUUCAGUGACGUACAGGAGACUCACAAAAUUCUUGAAAAUUUUAUACCAGUGGAAAUGCUCACCUUGGGUCUAAAGGGAACUUGAAAGUAUGAAGUUAAAGGGUGUAGGCAUGUAAAGUGUGAAGUUAAAGGGUGUAAUAUUCUAUACAUGAGACUGGCUGCGGAAACAGGUGCAAGCCCUUGCUACCUUUCAUGAGAAAGGAAGGAUGACUCAGAGCAGAGGAGAGUCUAGUGGGCAGAGUCCUGAACCAUAUGAUAUUCCUAUGUCUUGACUCCCAGUGGCAUUUGCCAAACUAGAUUUCAGAUUUUCUUGGGAUUGGUGGUUCCAUUUUUUUGUUUUCCCCCUUCCACUUCCUCCCCUUUUGAAACAAUGCAUAUACAUAUAACUAUUAUCCUAGGUUUUUCCCACCCUUUUGUUUGAGAGCAGAUAACUAGUUUUCUAGUUUUACGGAUCCAAAUGAGACAGGAAUAGCACUGGGUGGUCACAGGAGGAUGGAAAAUCUCAACACCCUGGUUUUGGUGCAGCUGAAAAAAAAGAAAAACCCAAACAACAGCUAAAACGGGAACUAGGCAAAGAAACCAUGGGAUAACAGAAAACCCAAAACAAAAGAGAAAACUGCCAGAACCCCAGUCAGGGUGACAUGUCCAUGACUCUUCCAGGCAAACCCAAAUAAGGGAGGAGGGAUGGUAAUCAGGGGUCCCUGAAAUCCCCUCCUUUCCCAGAAUACCUAAUGAUUACCCCUAUUAAAGGAACACCCAUACAAUUAGAAACCCAAACUUUGUUUUGCAUGACUUGCUCUCAGGGGCACUCCCACACUUCUCUCGUGUGUACUUUUGCUUCACAAUAAAAGCUGCUUGCCUUUGCUUCA